GUUGAAGAAGGGGAAAAAUUGGUUAGGAGACACAAAUCAAAAUGUGCAGUUGACUCUUUAUUUUUAAAUUUUGCCAUGCAUUCUGUUAGGAUGGAGGCGUGUGAAUGUCUUCCUACGCGUAACGUUUCAUCAAAAGAGAUGCUACAGUCAUCUUUUCUGCCAAGGCCAUUUGAAUCUGUGGUUGGUUCCUUUAAAUCUUCUAAAUGUCCAACUCCGAAAGAAAAGUCUGAGUCUGGAGUGGAUGAUAAUAUUUUUGAAGAAGAGCGACUAAUUCCAAAAAACGUGAAGGUCAAACAAGACAGUUUCUUGUUGAAUAGCAAGAACAAGAAAAAAAACAAAGGAUGUACUGAUGUCAAAACAGCUCCACAUGUUAAAGAAAAAUCCAAGAGCUCAAUGCAAGAGCCUGAAAAAUACAGAAGACUCGGUAAGGAGGUGUUCUCAAGGAUUUUGUCUUGGCAAUUUCACAACUUCCGGAUGCUCCUGGGGAGUGACCUGCUCUUAUUCAGUAAUGAAAAGUAUGUUCCGGUGAGCUUGCAUUUGUGGGAUGUUUCUCGGAAGGUGACUUCUCUGACAUGGCUUGAAGCCUGGAUUGAUAAUGUAAUGGCUAGUGUGCCUGAAUUGACAAUUUGUUAUCAUCAAGAUGGUGUUGUUCAGGGUUAUGAGCUACUAAAGACGGAUGAUAUAUUUAUUUCAAAAGGAGUAUCGGAAGAUGGUACACCUGCUUUUCAUCCACAUGUCGUCCAACAAAAUGGUCUUUCUGUUUUGAGGUUUCUUCAGGAAAACUGCAAGCAAGACCCUGGUGCUUAUUGGCUUUACAAAAGCUCUGGAGAAGAUGCCAUCCAACUCUUUGAUCUUUGUGUGAUUAACAACAACUGUUCAACCGGAGAACCCAAUGACAGUGCAAACUCUCUGCCCUCUAUGCUUCAUAGAGGGAGAAAUAAUUCCUUACUUUCACUAGGAAUUCUUUUGUACCGUAUUGCACAUAGGCUAUCACUUUCUAUGUCUCCUAAUAAUCGGGCCAGAUGUGCUAUGUUCUUUAGGAAGUGUCUUGACUUCUUGGAUGACCCAGAUUAUUUGGUUUUGAGGUCAUUAGCUCAUGAACAAUAUGCCAGAUUUCUGUUAAAAUAUGAUGAAGAACUUGAGUUGGCAUCUGAGGGAGUUCCUGUGGAAUCUAAGGUAGUCAUUGUGAGUGCUGAAGAAAAAUCUUUUGACUAUUUCAACAACAAAUCUGAAUCAAUUGUCUUGGAUAUGUUAUACUCUCCUGGUGUGCAAGAAGGAUUUAAUGGAUGUGGAGGCACAUACACAAUGAAAGAAUCCCAGAAGACAAAGAGUAAGUCAUGGUAUGAUGACGAAGAAUCAUCAGUUUGUGAAUUGGCGAAAACUUCAGCUGAUGUAAUUCAAACUAUUGUUGAUCCAAUCACAUCGAAGUUAGCUGCAGUGUAUCACGUCUCCCAAGCCAUUAAAUCUCUGAGAUGGAAACGCCAAAUGCAAAGCACUAGUUCAUCUGUUGAAAAUAGUGCAUUCCCUUCAACUGUGGACUCCUCUGUAUGUGAUUGUGGCAAUGCUGACUGUAUUGAAGCUUGUGAUAUUCGGGAAUGGCUUCCGACAUCUAAGUUGGAUGAUAAAUUAUGGAAACUGGUUCUUUUGCUUGGAGAAACAUACAUAGCCCUUGGAGAAUGUUAUAAAGACGAGGAUCAACUCCGUCAAGCUCUAAAGAUUGUAAAACUAGCAUCUUUAGUCUAUGGAUCUAUGCCUCAGUACCGCGAAGAUUCAACAUUCAUUUCUUCAAUAAUUUGUUGUUUGGACACUGAGCCCAGUGAUGUUAUUGAAGUGAAAUCUAGUUUGCCGUCUUAUCUAUUCUGGGUGAAAGCAUGGACUUUAGUAGGGGAUAUUUAUAUCAAGUUCCACAUGACAAAAGUUCAAGAGAGAAAAAUGUCUAACAGAGUAUUAAACAUAUCUUCAAUGGUGCUGAAAGAGGUCAAACACUUGAAGAAAAAGUUAGGGCAGUUCAGACAGGACUGCAGUUCGUGUUCUUUAAUAAACUGUAGCUGUCAGGUUGAUCGGGUAAUUAGCAACAGCAAUGCAAGUAGUAGUAGCAAAAGCAAUGCAAGUAGUAGUAACGACAAUUCGCGUUUGUUAGGUUACGGAAAGAAACAAAAUAAAAUAGCUUAUGGAAGGAAUUCUAAACCGGUCAUCACAUUUUCAGAACAACAAACAAGAAAUAGUGACAUUUUCAAGUUUUUGUCGGGUCCACCUGUAACCAGAGAUUCUGAAUACAAUCUUUCUACCUCACUAAUUUGUUAUGAAGAGGCUGAAAAAGUCUUGGGUGAAUGUAGAGAUGGAUUAUCGGAGAAGCAGUCUUUGCUAAAAAAGAAAGGUUGGGUUUAUAAUAACCUCGGAAUGAAGAGACUAGACAACAAGACAGAAUUAAAGAAGACAGAAAAUGCAUUUAUUCAGUCUAUUAUUUGUUUUAGACAAAUUUUUAAUCAUAGCACAAUAGUAUUCAAUUACUGUAGUCUGGGUUCCAUAAGGCUACAAUUGGCUGAAAAUAUUUUGAAAGGGGAAAAGGAAGGUGAUGCGAAACUUGAAUACUGUAAUUCUUUGAAAUAUUAUAUAGCAGCAAAGAGGGAGCUAACUGCUAUAGUGGAUGAAUGUGAGAGGAACAGGAUUAGGAGUUACGCAAUUCUGCCAUUAGCUAAAAUAUAUAUGAAGCUUGGCCUACUUCUAGCCAAAGAAGAUACGAAAGUAGAGAUUUUUGAUGAUUUUGUUGAUAUUGAAAAAAAGAAAGAAGUGUCAGCAGAGUAUGCUAUUAAAGAAUCUUUAUUGUUAUAUGAGUCAAUGGGUGAGCUGAAUAAGCAAGAAGUUGCUAAUGGAUAUAUGGAACUUGGUAAAUAUUAUAGGGUGCAUUGCUUAAAGUUUAAGGUAGCUGGCAUUUUACAAGAGGUGGAGGAGUAUGUUUCCUUAGUUCAAAGUAAUUGGAAAAAAUGUAUGGACUUUUAUAGAGCUGAUACCUAUCCUAUGAUCCACUUCAGGCUAUUAGUGGAAAGAGUUGAUGUUUAUCUAAGUUUAUUUGAUUAUCAUAACUCAUAUGCGGUACUAGAAACUGCUUUUAGUCUACUGCUUGAAGCACGACAUAUAAGGGGAGACAUAAUUGCAAGAAAUAAUUUAUGUGCUAAAUUUUGGAAUAAUCUCCGACUAGUGUUGAAGAAGAUGCUGAGUAUGGCUUUGUCAUCCUCAAAUGUCAUCCAGUCUUCUUCGCAACAAAGUUCAUUUAGAUCCGGAGAUGUGACUAAGCUGAAAGAGCUUUACCGGAUGACUUUAACUUCAUCUGACUUCGCUCAAUUGCCCGUUAUUCACCGUAUUUGGUUUUCAUAGUUGCAUCUCGAUUUACAUUCUUUUCCGCUCAAUUGUCUUUCUUUCUUUUUCACAACUUACUGUUGACUUUUCUUUUUUGAAAUCUUAUAUACUUUUUCCUUGAUUAGAUUGUUUUAUUGACUACUGUUAUUUCUUGCAAUCACAGCAAAUUUAGAUUAUUUUUUUUCAUUUAA